GCUGCACCUGCACCUGCACCCUUUUGCUUAGUCCAGACUCCAUCACGACCAUCAUUUCUCAGAAGGCUGCAUCAUCCAUCUGUCGACGUCUGAGAAACUGAUCUUUCAUCCUAUUCAUUUCUCUAAUCCUCCCUUCAUCCACUGACUGUAGCAUCUGAAUAUCCCAGUUCUGAGCUCAGUCUCCGGAUCUACCUCUCAGGAUAGCCGCGAAAGCUGGUGUGUUCUGAACCCUACCACCGCAUCCAACACUUCCUGAACGUUCAACAAACGCUAUCGCCUGGACCCUUCAGACACGUAUAUCAAGCUGUCACCCGUCUUGUGAGAUUCAUCCUGGGUGGUGCUUCGGCGUCCAUUAUCUUCCCUACCCGCUCCUAGAGACAUGAGUGGCGACCGUCCAUAUCUCAACGGUUCGAACUCUGCUGAGGAGGGAAAGAACGGUUCUGGCUCUGGAAAUCAAGACAAGCAAUCUCAAAGCAACAAGAAGUCCUCCGGAUCUACGAGAGAUAGACAACGUGACGGAAAGAUGACCGUCGUCGUUCCACCCGCCAAAGGCAGCAAGACUCCGACUGUCCCAGAAGAGUCUGUUGACGCCAACAUGACAGACGGGCCUGCGGGAGAAACACAAGAAGACCAGCCUGAUCCGGUCGAAAAAGCUGUUGCUGAAAUCAAAGCCAAUCUACCAUUACUGGACCGUGCAGUUACUCAAUUCGAUCCUCGCUUCACCUUGAGAGCUCUGCGCUCGAUACCUUCGGUGCGCAAGCAGUUAACUGCCGAAGUCAUCGCCAUUGUUGUAACUGAGACAUACCCCAUUCCUACCCCUACGGCCGAGUCCCUCCUCAGCGCCGUCAAGGACGAUGCCUCUUUCCCAACCACAAAGGUGCAGGAAUGGCAUAAAAGAAAAGAAGCACCUCCACCGCGUACUGCGCCAAAGGAGGUUCUUCCCGAAGUGGAUGUUUAUCUAUCAAUCUUGGUUCAAGUCCAUCUCUACGACAAGAAAUCUAUCAACGCGGGUGCUCAAUUUUCCAGCGCCUUGGUCAAUCACCUCCGCACUCUGAAUCGGCGAACACUUGAUUCUCUGGCUGCACGUGUUUACUUCUAUUACUCCCUCUUCUUCGAGGAGACUAGUCCGAAGCCUCCAUCACCAGCAGCUGCAGUUAUCUCGAUCCGGAAGCCACUUUUGGAUGCACUGAGGACGGCCACUUUGCGCAAAGACCAAGAUAUACAGGCAUCUGUCACAACCCUCCUCUUGCGCAACUACCUGUCAACUUCUCACAUUAAACAGGCUGAUCUGCUCAUUUACCACACAAAGUUCCCAGCAGCUGCCCCCAAUAAUUCAUUUGCUCGCUACUUGUACUAUCUUGGGAGAAUUCGAGCCAUCCAGCUGUCAUACACUGAAGCACAUGACCAUUUGGUUGGUGCAACUCGUAAGGCACCGACCUCAUACAAAGCAAGUGGUUUCUACCAAGCAUCCACGAAGCUUCUUAUUGUUGUUGAGCUGUUGAUGGGAGAUAUUCCUGAUCGUGCUACUUUCCGUCAACCAAGCCUAGAGAAGUCUUUACAGCCUUAUCUUCAACUGGUUCAGGCGGUUAGUGCCGGUGACGUGGUGGGAUUUCAAAGCCUGGUCCAACGAUACAAUUCAACCUUCCGCAAGGACGAUACAUACACUUUGAUUCUGCGAUUGAGACAAAACGUCAUUCGAACUGGCGUGCGCAUGAUGUCUUUGUCAUAUGCCCGGAUCUCUCUUCGAGACAUUUGCCUGCGUCUUGGUCUGGACAGCGAGGAAUCUGCUGAAUACAUUGUGGCCAAAGCGAUACGAGACGGUGUCAUCGAAGCGAGCCUGGAUCACGAGCGUGGUUUCAUGAAGAGCAAGGAAGUGGGUGAUGUCUAUGCCACCAGAGAGCCAGGGGAUGCUUUCCACGAGCGCAUCCAGGCGUGUUUGGCGCUCCAUGACGAGAGUGUAAAGGCAAUGCGAUUCCCGAUGAAUCAACACAGACUUGAGCUCAAAAACGCACAAGAGGCACGCGAGAGGGAGCGAGAGCUAGCCAAAGAGAUCGUUGAUGGCGACAUGGACGACGAUGACGCGCCUAGUGGUGACUUUGAUGGCAUCUAGACGAGAGCGAGUCUUGUACUGUCCCUCUUGCAAACUAAUCCUAGACGGCUCCAAAAACCUUGACAAGCGCCCUGGCUAUCACACAAAACGGUGCGUGCGCCAUUAAAGUGACGAGCAAUCGCCUCUGUAUGCGUAGCAUCGUCCUUCGACCGUUUUCAUCUCAGCCACGCUCAUCUUGUCGCAUGGGAGAUACACGCUAGAGACAGAUGGGAAGCAUUGUGGCUACCGUAUUACCUGGUCGCAUCACAUGCAUUGUUCAGAAUAGAAACUUUGAUAAUAGCCUAUCUCACACCCCUGCCUCUUCCCCUCGGCAAGCCACUUCCUCCUCUACCACGUGCUGCUCCUGUCGACCGUCCCCUAGCAAUGCCACUGGCUC